GAGAGAGAGAGAGAGAGGCUAUUAGCCGAACAGCAAGCAAGAAAGAAAAAAGAGGCACCAAAACACACACACACACACACUUGGUACAGGCAGGCCUAUCCAUCCAUCGAUCUGCGCAUUCAUAUUGCGCCUGCGCAGCGCCUGCACCAGCACCACAGCGCCAGCGCAACCGAACUGUUUUCCCCAAUUCCUCCGCGAUGUCAAGCGGUGCUUUCCUCUUCGUUGUCCAGUUUUUAGCUUCCUUCCGUCGAUUCAACUGAAAAUGUCUCGCGUUUUUACUGAAGAUCCCACCCCGAUCGCCUCUUCCUUGCCAUUCUCCCCAGCUUAGAUGCGUCGAUUCUCCCACCGAUUGCCCCCGAUCAUUCUCCUUUUCCGCUCUUCCAGAAGAUCCUUGCCAUAUUCGGCAGAUUGAGUGGGAUGUGAUUUGCAUGGGUUGAUGAUGCCAGAGCUGCGAAGUGGAGCACGGAGGUCCAAACGGCUUGGUGAUCUUCAGCCUGCUCCUCAACCAGUUGAACAAGAGGAAAAUUGGCUCUUGCCUGCUCAGAACAGAACUAGGAGGAGAGCUGGUGGAGGUAGAGGAAGGGGUGCCAAUGCAACAGUAGCAAAAGGGCCUUCAGCAGCAACACCUCUGAGGCUAAAUACUGCUGGUAGAGGAAGGGGGAUUAGGUUAAUAGAUCUAGACCCAGAGCCUCCUUGUGAGGUUCUUCCUGAAGCUGGUGCUAUAGGGAUUGGAGAACCAGUUUUCAAUCAAGUGGAGGGGGUUGCAGAUAGAGAUAUUGCGAUGGAGGGUGGAAGUGCGGACAAAUUGAUGGGUGUUGAAGAAGAAGCAACCACAACCCCUGUACCUGAGAAGGUACAGGUGGGUAGUUCUCCUCUAUAUAAGAUAGAAAAAAAGUUGGGAAAAGGUGGUUUUGGCCAAGUUUAUGUUGGCAGGAGAGUCAGCGGUGGCAUUGAGAGAACAGGACCAGAUGCGCUUGAGGUUGCUGUGAAGUUUGAACACAGGAAUAGUAAAGGCUGCAAUUAUGGACCUCCCUAUGAGUGGCAAGUUUACAGUACUUUGAACGGAUGUUAUGGGAUUCCAUCAGUUCACUACAAAGGUCGCCUGGGAGAAUUUUACAUUCUGGUCAUGGACAUGCUUGGGCCUAGCCUUUGGGACGUCUGGAAUUCUCUAGGACAGAUGUCACCAAACAUGGUUUCUUGCAUUGCUGUGGAGGCAAUAUCCAUACUAGAAAAGCUUCACAUGAAAGGUUUUGUGCAUGGAGACGUGAAGCCAGAAAAUUUUUUGCUUGGUCAACCUGGGACCCCUGAUGAGAAGAAGCUCUAUCUCAUUGAUCUUGGUUUGGCAUCCAGGUGGAAAGAUGCAUCAUCAGGGCAGCAUGUUGAAUAUGACCAGAGGCCUGAUAUAUUCAGGGGAACAAUAAGAUAUGCAAGUGUCCAUGCACAUUUGGGUCGAACAGGAAGUAGACGAGAUGAUCUUGAGUCACUAGCGUAUACGUUGAUAUUUCUCAUCAAGGGAAGGCUGCCAUGGCAAGGCUAUCAGGGAGAUACCAAGAGUUUCCUUGUUUGCAAAAAGAAAAUGGCCACUUCUCCAGAAAUGAUGUGUUGCUUUUUGCCUGCUCCAUUCAAGCAGUUCCUUGAAGCUGUCACAAAUAUGAAAUUUGAUGAAGAACCAAACUACUCCAAACUGAUUUCCUUUUUUGAAAGUCUGAUUGAACCAUGCACGUCACUAAGACCAAUUAGAAUUGAUGGCGCCCUCAAGGUUGGGCAAAAGCGAGGGAGGUUGCUGAUAAAUUUGGAAGACGACGAGCAGCCUAAGAAGAAAGUUCGGCUUGGCAGUCCUGCUACUCAGUGGAUAUCAGUCUACAAUGCCCGUCGUCCUAUGAAGCAGAGGUAUCACUACAAUGUUGCAGAUGCUAGGCUGCCGCAGCAUGUGGAGAAGGGUAAUGAAGAUGGGUUAUAUAUUAGCUGUGUGGCUUCUUCAACAAAUCUUUGGGCCCUAAUCAUGGAUGCUGGAACUGGUUUCUCUGCCCAAGUUUAUGAACUCUCUCCCAUAUUCCUUCAUAAGGAUUGGAUCAUGGAACAAUGGGAAAAGAAUUACUACAUCAGCUCAAUUGCUGGUGCUGCUAAUGGGAGUUCCUUGGUUGUUAUGUCUAGAGGAACUCCUUAUACCCAGCAGUCCUACAAAGUGAGUGAAUCUUUUCCUUUCAAGUGGAUUAAUAAGAAGUGGAAAGAAGGUUUCCAUGUGACAUCCAUGACUACUGCUGGCAGUCGUUGGGGUGUAGUAAUGUCGAGGAACUCUGGAUAUUCUGAACAGGUAGUGGAGCUUGACUUUCUGUAUCCCAGUGAAGGGAUACACAGGCGUUGGGAGAAUGGUUAUAGGAUUACUUCCAUGGCUGCUACCACUGAUCAAGCAGCCUUCAUACUGAGUAUACCAAAGCGUAAAAUUAUGGAUGAGACUCAAGAAACUCUACGUACCUCUGCCUUCCCAAGUACCCACGUAAAGGAAAAAUGGGCCAAAAAUCUCUACAUCGCAUCUAUAUGUUAUGGUCGAACAGUUUGUUGAUGGGCUGGCUGUGGAGAACGAAUUUGAAUACUUCCUUUCUGGCAUUUAGGAGUCAAACUUGAAGCUGGGGGGUUGAUUAAUUUGGUGCUGUUUUUGUAAGGCAGAUAGGUUUGUCUUGUGUUCAGCUCGCUUACAUAAAAUCUAAUCCCCUUGCUUAUGUAAGAAAGGAAAAACAGGAGAGGGAGAAGGAGAGGAGGGAGAGGAGAAGUAACGAAGUUGAGAACGCAAACAUGGGAUAUGGAGCUGGCGGAUACAGCAGUAUGCUAAAAGACUUGUGUGUAUUUUGAUGUUGACUGGCAGGCAAAGGCAGGCAAUUACAGCCAAAUUAAGGUUCAAGGUUGCCGCCAUGCUUUUUAAGUUUUAUAAAUGAGAAGCAAGUGUUGCAUAAUUUGAAUUGACAAAGCAGCUAUGUUUUGUUGUUUGCUUGAAAGCCCAUGUAUGAGAAAGUGGUGGUGACUGUUUUCUUUUUUUU